CCGUAAACUGAGAGAGGAGGGAAACUUGUCGCCAGCAGGCGCGGAGAGCUCCGCGCGCUCAAAGAUCGCGGAUUCGCGCCGGAGAGGAUCCGAGGCUGGGAGCGUCCGGGAGAGGGCAACGCCGGGCGAAGAGGGAAGGGGAGGAGGUAGAGCCGGGCUCGUCUCUUCCCAGAAAGAAAACUUUCUGCAGAACGCCAGAAACUUGCUCCUAGGCGCGAGGAGUCCGGACAGAGGCGAGCUGCGGGCGUGUGCUGCUCGCGGUAACUCACGCUGCGGACCCCGAGCGAGGGGUCACCGCGUCUGAGUCCUUUUGAAAACACUGAGGUGAUACAUGGCAAGUGUCUGCUGCCCCCCUGGAGCUCAGUAAGCAGUGUCUUUCUCGUCGUUGCCGUGGGCACUGGAAACUCACUUUGGUUGCAGUGAGAUGGACGAUGGGCCAGUUGAGUUAAGUGACCAGUUGAUGUCUGCAUCCUGAUGGUGUGGAAGGACCCUGCUCUUCACUCCCGUGCCCAGGCGUGGGAAGGUGCUCCGUGCUGGACUCUGCCUGCAGGUGCACCAGCAGGGUGUUGCCUAAGAGUGUGGUUUUCACAACUCCCAAGGGCCAGGAGACAGCCCUGAGGAAAGCCUUUCCUGUGUGUGGGCAGCUGGAAACUUCCGGUCCUAUAAAGACAAAGCCGAACCCUUGUCUGGACUUAUGACCCGUGGCCUCGCUCCUACCCUGCUCACUGAGUUCCACACCAUGGGCUCCUUCCGGAGGCCGAGACCGCGCUUCAUGAGCUCCCCCGUGCUCAGCGACCUGCCCCGGUUCCAAGCUGCCCGGCAGGCUCUACAGUUGAGCUCCAACUCGGCCUGGAACAGUGUCCAGACUGCUGUGAUCAACGUUUUCAAAGGGGGCGGCUUGCAAAGCAAUGAGCUCUAUGCACUGAAUGAAAACAUCAGGCGGCUGCUGAAGAGUGAACUGGGAUCAUUCAUCACAGACUAUUUCCAGAACCAGCUUCUUGCAAAAGGACUGUUCUUUGUGGAGGAGAAGAUCAAGCUGUGUGAAGGUGAAAAUCGCAUUGAGGUUCUGGCUGAAGUCUGGGACCACUUCUUCACUGAGACUCUCCCCACCCUGCAGGCCAUAUUUUAUCCAGUUCAGGGACAGGAGCUGACCAUCCGCCAGAUCUCCCUGCUGGGUUUUCGUGACUUGGUCCUGCUAAAGGUGAAGCUGGGUGACUUGCUGCUGGUGUCACAGUCCAAGCUGCCUUCGUCCAUCAUCCAGAUGCUGCUUAUCCUGCAGAGUGUACACGAGCCCACGGGCCCAAGUGAGGGCUAUCUGCAGCUGGAGGAGCUGGUGAAGCAGGUGGUUUCUCCUUUCCUGGGCAUCGGCAGGGACCAUGGCUUCUCAGGAUCCACAUACACACUGGCCAGACGGCACUCCAGGGUCCGGCCCAAGAUGACACUCCUGAACUAUGCCUCUCCACUGGCCACAGCCAGCCGGCCACUGAAUGAGAUGGCUCUGACCCCACUGACGGAGCAGGAGGGGGAGGCCUACCUGGAGAAGUGUGGCAGUGUCCGGCGGCACACAGUGGCCAACGCCCACUCAGACAUCCAGUUGCUGGCCAUGGCCACCAUGAUUCACUCAGGCUUAGGGGAGGAGGAUGGCAGUGAGGACAAGUGCCUGCUCCUGCCGCCCAGCUUCCCACCACCCCACCGGCAGUGCUCCAGUGAGCCCAACAUCACUGACAGCCCCGAUGAACUGGAGGAGGUGGCAGGGGACAGCCAGGAGGAUGCAGAGCUGAACUGUGCUUCCCUCAGUUGAGUCACCGCCUGGGACUUUCCCGCUCCAGCUCCACAACCAGGAUGAGGACAGUCAGCCCCACAGACCACUCCUCUGUGGGCAAUGCUGCCUCAUUUCCUUUAGGGCCCAAGCCUGGUCUCAGUGCCCUGCAGGGAAACCCUUUAUUUUGACCAGCAUUUCUUAGCCACACAGACCCGACUGCCUGCAGUUCCCUUCUGACCUCUAGCCUUGUCCACCUGACCUAGAUCUUCACUGCUUCACUUUUCUUCCUGUGAUACUGGACUGACACCAAUGCUCCCAGGAAUCUACCCCACUGCUCCUAGUAUGCAGGUGGCAGGGGUGGUCUGGACCACACAUAAAGCCACCAAGAACAUGUUGGCCCCUGCAGCUCCCCCAUCAGGUUCCUUUAACACAAAGGCUUAUGGGUACAGAGUGGUAGAGAAGUUUUGUGUAGAGUGAAAGUCAGUUGCAUCCUCUGCCAUGCAUGGCCCUGGGAACACACCAUCCUUACCUGAGUUUUCAGAUUACUGGGAUGGCCCUGCCCCAUAGUGAGUGUGGGUCCAUCCUCAGCUAUACCCACAGACAACGUGCUACCUAUGUGAAGGCCUUUGGCUUUUGGCCCUGGACAGCCAGAGACUGGAGCAGCCCCACGGGCACUCAGCCUCAGUGUUUCUCUCAGGCUGACUCCCAAGUGCAAGGAACCGACCUCCUUCAGUCACUGGUGCCUUCAUCCCCCUCGUUUCAGAAACGGACCACUUUCUCAUCGUGGGUGCAAGGGGCUGGGUGAUAGCAACCAAGUAAUCUGUACCUGGAUUUGACUUGAAUUUUUAAAACAAUGUAUUGUUUCAAAAAAUUGUUUGUGAGUAUUUGCACAUAGGAAAUUACACUGUUCAUUUCCAGUGGGCUGUGUCUUGCAACUAAAACUCCACAGUAGAAAACUUGCAGACGCCCAAGAAAGGAGACUAGGAGUGGUUCAAAAUAAAGUGAUCCAUAGCUGGCAGGACUCACGUGCUAUGGCACUCUGGAAGCAGUGGGAGUCAAAUCCCAAGCGGUGCAUGUUUGUGGUGGGCAUGGCCUCUGGGAAAGGAUGGGGAGACUGCCCUGUGAGCAGAUGUGAUGUGUCAGUGCAUACAGGGAGGCAGUGGAGAUGUGGGCAAGAUCUCUUUGCGGAAACUUAUUUUCUGCAACAACAGUGUACCCAGAAGUGCCUAGAAUUUCCAGCAAUUCUGAACUGUGCUGUGUCCUUACUACCACUUUCUGCAGAUGACGGGGCUUUUGAUUCACCUUGAGUUGCUGCUCUCUUUGUCUUCUGUCUACCCUACUGAUAGCAGUUCAGGAAAAAGAGAAGGUUCCCCUUGAUGCUUCUGGUGGCAUAUGUUGGCUUUUCAGGGUCCUGUUUGUGGAAGUUUUAUGUAUGAAAUCUCAAAAUAUUCACCACAGCGGCUUCCAGUGUGGCAAGAGGGUGCUGGGAGAGGAUGAGGGUCUGUGUGAGCCACCAGCUGGAGAUGAGACCUUCCAAGCUCAUCGAAGACGUGAUAGCGUUUCCUUUCUGAGUGGAGACCUGAAAUAUGACUAGAAUUGUGAUUUUGAUGGCUUAUCACUUGGAAAUUAUUUUUAGAAAGUUGUUUUACUUUCAUCCAUGAGAAUGGUGGAAGAGGAGUCCAAAGGAGAGCUCAGACAUUUAUACACACACACACACACACACACACACACACACACAACUUGUGUGUGUGUAUUGUAUAAAGUCCACAAAAGACUGGCACGCAUUAGCAAAUAGAACACCAAUAGGUAGCAACGUCUUGAUUUACUUAAAACUCCUGACUUUUGUUCUUGUUGGACAUUUAGCAUACACUUGGGACUGCUAUUUAUUGAUUAGGCAAAGUAAUUAACCAUGCUUGGGGUUGCUUAUUUAGUUUAUAAGAUUGACACCCAUUUUAAAAAGGCCUUUUCGGUGUCACAACUUUGAUGGGAGAGUGGCCAUCAGUUAAAGGCCUAAGCUCUCAGGUUGCGAAUCAGUGUCAGGACAGGCAGUGUACUUAAUUGCUGCUGUUAGCCAGUUUACAGCUUUAACUGUCCACGCCUGAUACAGUACAGUAAAUAUUUCAGGCUGUCCACAAAAAUUUUGUGGAUGUUUUGUGGCAUUUUAGCUAUUAGACCCAUUGCAACAGUGACACUUGGAAGCAUUUUUAACCGCUUUUCCUUCCUCUGUGCAAUGAAGAUUCAUUUUUUUAUUAGGUGUGCCAUGAUCUUCCCGUGGCUAAGGUUGAGUGACAGGAAGCAAUCACAACUCAACUCUGAAUGAACUCACAAACCCAAACCUUUCAUUCAUGUCAACUGUUUCCAAAACAGACCAAAUAAACACGUUGUUGUCUGUGCUA